GGGGAUGUUCACCCGGCGGCGAUACACGAAGCGGGCAAUGGAUCGCAGCGCUUUUAUUUAAGCCGCCGUGUGGCGGCGAGCAGCUGCUCACUCACUUUCCCCGGUGGCGACAGGGAGACAUGGAGCUCGGCUCUCGGCUGGCAGUCGGCCUGCUCCUGUUGGCCCUGUGCUCGGCACAGCCCGUCAAGUUCAAGGACUGCGGAUCUACAACUGGAAAAAUUAUUAUAGUGGAUAUCACACCCUGCCCAUCACUGCCAUGUAUACUCCGCAAAGGACAGUCUUACGCUGUGAAUGUGACUUUUGCCAGCAAAACAUCAAGUCAAAGAAUAGUGGCUGCAGUUUUCGGCAUUAUGAGUGGCAUUCCAAUUCCAUUUAAUGUCCCUAAUAGUGAUGGUUGUAAAUCUGGGAUUCAGUGUCCCAUUCGGAAUAAUCAGAUCUACCACUACCUCAAUUACUUGCCAGUAAAAAUGCAAUACCCAUCAGUUAAAUUGGUGGUUGAAUGGGAACUGAAGGAUGAACUUGACCGAGACCUGUUCUGCUGGAGGAUCCCUGUACAGAUUUCCAGUUAAAUUAAUUUAUAUUCCUCAGCACUGCAACAAAAUCCAAGUCCAUUUAUCCCCACGCACCAAGAUGGUUCCUUUACCUGUGUAUGUGAGCACUGGGCCAAAUUAAAGCAAAAUUUCUGUUUUGCACAAA